AUCCAUACUCCCCUACCCUCAUAACUAUAUUUCCUCCGUUCACUGUUAACGAUAAAUUUUAAUAAUAAAAAAUGAGUCUAGAAUCAAAAGCAUUGUUGCCCGGACUUUUGGAAGAGGAAGCCAAAUGUCAAUUUACAAGGUUCACAAGCGAAGACGCUCUUAAGCUUGGUUUGGGGAUCAUCGAUAUUGCAAAGACCAAUUUCACACGUCCUAUUACAAUUGAUAUUACACUUGCUGGUAACCAGCUCUUCCGCUAUGCUAUGGAUGGUACUAGUCCAGAUAAUUCCCAAUGGAUCCAACGCAAAAGCAACACUGUAUUGCGUUUCCGCCACUCGAGUUUCUAUAUGGGACAAUAUUGUGCUAGCCAAGGUGUCUCUUUUGGGCAAAAGUAUUAUGUGAGCGAAACUGAGUACGCCUGCCAUGGUGGUUCAUUUCCGUUAAUCAUCAAAAACGUUGGUGUGGUUGGAACUAUCACUGUAUCUGGGCUUGCACAACAGGAUGAUCACAAUCUGGUUGUAAAAGCUAUUACGGAACAUAUCAAAACACAAUGAUGAAUUUACAAUUCUGUAAACACAUGUAUAAUGCUACUUAGAAGUUAGUUUUUUCAAAGUACACUAUAAAAACACAUAUUUUAUAUCUUUACAAGUCGAAUGAAACUAUUUAUUCCCAAU